UUCAUUUGUUCAUCCCUUCCGCCGCUGUGUGCUACCAUACCUCUGCAAAACCUAGGGUUAAGGCUUUUUCUGAGGUUUUCUGUGGUGUUUUCCCAAGAUGGUUCUUCAGAAUGAUAUUGAUUUGUUGAAUCCCCCAGCGGAGUUGGAGAAGAGAAAACACAAGCUCAAGCGUCUUGUUCAGUCACCAAAUUCUUUCUUCAUGGAUGUUAAAUGCCAGGGUUGUUUCAAUAUAACCACUGUGUUUAGCCACUCUCAGACAGUUGUGGUGUGUGGCAAUUGCCAGACUGUGUUGUGCCAGCCGACUGGUGGACGGGCAAGGUUAACUGAAGGUUGCUCAUUUAGGAAGAAGGGAGACUGAGUGGUGCGAUGACUUCUCUUUAUCCAGGAGAGUUUUGGUUAUUAGGCUGUUAAGAUGGAAGCAACUUUAGUUAUGAUGUAUUAAUUUUGUUAAAUUUUAAGACUUUAAUUCUGAACCUUUAAGACAUGAUGGGGCCAUCCAAUCUUGAAUUUCUUUGCUGAAGUGGAUGUGGUUUUGUUGGAUAUUUAUUUUUAUAAUUUUCUUUACUGAAAUCGAUGUGGUUUAUUUUGAUAUUUGUUUUUAAAAUUACGUGUAAGCAUGCACUUGCAACUGUUUGUUAACAUCAUUUGUUUGUGUUUUUGUUAUGUGAAUUGUGAUACUGGGGAAAUACAUUCCACAAAAUAU